AUCUAUCUUUUGGCAAUGAAACCACUUUACAUAAGUAACAGUGACACAGAUGACCACACACGGCACAUGAAGAUGCGUCUUUACUCCUUCGUCUGACCACUGAGACAGACGCAGCUGACUUCAGUAGUGUGAUAUCAGUUAAUCAUCUGCAGACACACAAUGUCUCUCAAUGCCUCUCAUCCCCUUCACAUGCCCAAGAUUUCCAAGAAUGACCAGGAGACAACUGUGGACAUUGAUGCCAUAAUGGACAACGUCUCCAUCGUCCUCUACACAUUGACCGUCGUUAUCGGCAUCACAGGGAACUCAAUGGUUAUCUGGGUGGCUGGAUUCAGGCUCAAGCCAAAGGUCACCAACGUGUGGCUGGUGAAUCUGGCAGUAGCGGACCUGAUCUUCUGCUUCACACGAGUCUUCUCCCUCAUUAAGAAGCUCUUCUUUGACCACUGGCCCUUUGGCAUCUUCCUCUGCAAGUUCAACGGCUUCUUCAAAUAUGCCAACAUGUUCUGCUCUGUCUUUCUGUUGGCUGUGAUCAGUUUGGACCGAGUGCUCUGUGUUUGGCAGCCUGUCUUCACCAGGCGACGACGCACCCUAUGGGCCGCAAGGAUAGUGGCUGUUUGCGUCUGGAUUGUUGCGAUCAUCUUCAGCACUCCGUACUUCAUGUACCGCCAAGUCUACCUGAAGAACAACCUGAGUAAGUGCUCUGUGGACCCGAAGGAGAAGGCAGGGUACACCAGUGCUAAAAUGGCUAUCUACUCCAUUCGCUUCCUGUGUGGCUUCUUGUUGCCUUUCAUGGUCAUCCUCAUCUGUUACAUCCUGGCCGGAGUUGGCAUCCGACGCACGCGCUUGUCCGGGAAGUCCCGACCCCUACGUAUAUUAGCAUCGUUAGUCGUCGCAUUCUUCCUGUGCUGGGCGCCGUACCACUGCCUCCUGCUGGUGAAGAUGGUGGAUAGUAAGAACACAGUGGUGAAGUUCUGGCACCCCAUAGCGUCUGGCAUCGCAUACUUUAACAGCUGUGUGAACCCGCUGUUGUACUUCUGCAUGGGGCUGGAUGUGAGAGGACGGUUCAAGCAGAGUCUGGCGGGGGUGUACAAGAGAGCUCUGGCGGACGCUGACGACGGACAAACAACCCAGUCCAACGAACGCUCUUUAGAUGACAGCGCUGGGUCUAAACACACUUAUGUGGUGGCAGGAAGGAGUCAGACAUCAGUGGAUGUAGCUAAAGUCUGAGCCUCUCGCAGUUUCCUAAACACAUCUUUGAGCAUAAAAGGAGCAUCCUUAUGGUUUUCCAUUAAAGUCACAGUGAAAUGGCAGAUAGCAUGUCUUUAGCUCUGUGCGAUAUCGAACAAAUCCCUCGACAUAUCAUUGGACAGCUUAAAAGUGGGCAUGGUUUUACGAAGACUGGCAAGAAGUAUUGGCCUCAUUGUUAAUAGAGAUGCAAUUUGAUAUACAAAAAAUCAUAACUGACACAUUUUACAGACUGUAUGUUUGGCGAAUAACAACAGAAAACUAGACAAGAACUCGAAACGUGUAUUAUGUUAUUUCACUGUCUUUAACAACAUUAACUAUUAAACAUUUUCUGAAGCAUACACACAUAAGUAUGUAGGUAUGUAGGUAGGUAGGUAAGUAGGUAGGGAGGUAGAUAGGUAGGUCGGUAGGUAGGUAGGUCGGUAGAUAGGUAGGUAGGUAGAUAGGUAGGUAGGUAGAUAGGAACUUCUAUAGCUCUUCCCAGAAGGCAGCAGGGUGAACAGGCUGUGGGGUUGGUACUGUCCUUUAGUUAUCCUUUGGGCUCUGCUAGGCACCUCACCUCACUGAUAUCACUGAUGCUCGGGAGAAGGAUAACAAUGAUCUUUUGAGCGAUUUAAUCACCCGCUGCAGAGCCCCCCGGUCCUGGAUCAUGCACAUCCCAUGCCAGUUUGUGAUGUUUCCAGUCAGGAUGCUUUCUAUUGCCCCUCUGUAGAAGCUGACAAGAACUUGGUGUGGGAAUUUGGCCUUCUUCUUCUCAAGAAAUGCAGUCACUUCUGAGCUUUCUUCACCAGCGUGGAGAUGUGAUGUGACCAUGUCAGGUUCUCUGUGAUGCUGAUUUCCAGGAACCUGAAACUGUUCACCUGCUCCAGCUCAGCAACAAUGAUGUAGACAGGAGUUUGUGUCUUUAUCUCCUUCUCAACUCAACUCAACGAUCAGCUCCUUAGUUUUGCUGACAUUAAGCAGUAACUAGUAGCAUGACUCUUUAACACUGACAUAUAUAUAUAUAUAUAUAUAUAUAU